CUCUGGAAAGAACAAGACACGUCCAGCUUUGGAAGCAUUAGACUGAUAUUGUUGGCUACUGCAUUGUGACUGCCAGAAUCACAGCAUGUUUAUGUAUUGCUGCAAGCAGAACGUCUGACACCUUUUCAAGUUUAGGAUUUGGCUCCUGCUCCAGGUUGGAAUAGUCUUUGGGUAGCUUGGAACACUGACACAUUCACAAAGCCAGGAGUUUGGACCUAGCCGGAGUCGGCGUGCGGGCUCCAGAACGCACGUUGGGAUUGGAGAACCCUGUGAGAAGAUCAGAAUGGGUAAUCUGACUGGGAAACACGAGCAACUUUAUCCUGUUCCAGCAGAGAAAUCUUGUACAUCCUCGAAGAAUAAAGAUCAAGCCAUGAAGACGGACCAUCCAGAAGACAACGAGGUGUUUGCAGAGACAGAUGUUACUUCGAACAAUGAAUCCUCCUCACACGAGAAGGUGGUGGCGACAGGCUCCAAGAGUGCAGUGGACCCAAAAGAUGCCAACACAGCUGAGCCAGCUGUCCGCCCUCAUUUGGUCCGCCUCUUUUCUCGUGACGCGCCAGGACGUGAAGACAACACCUUCAAAGACCGCCCAUCAGUAUCUGAAGAACUCCAGGCCAUCCAUGAGGAUAGCUCAGUUCCUGUGGCAGACCCGCAUUUGAUGGAAGUGCAGAAACAGAGCUCACAAACGUUAAGUAGUUCAGACAAGAAGGGACAAGGAGCAAAACAGAUGGCGUCGGCAAGCACCUCAGACCACACUAGGCAUGCAGGAGCCCAUUCAAGGCAAAGAGACUCUGGUCUACUUGACCAGCUGGGAAAAUUUUUUGGACAAGAAGGAUCCAGGAAAGUACCCGAAAAAGGAAAGGAACAAGCAACCAGGAGUGUGCUAAUGGCCCCCACCACACACAAGGCCCAUCAAGGAGGAAGGAGACAGACUGAAGAUAGUGCUGUUGUUCACUUCUUUAAGAACAUGAUGUCACCAAAGAAGGUGCCUGUCCAACAGAAGGGAAUGUUCGGAGCAAGUAGAGCUAUCACUAAAUUUAUUUGGGGUACUGAAGGACAGAGGCCACAUUAUGCUACAACUGGUUCUAAGUCAAAGGGGGCUUAUAAAGGACGAAGAGAUGGAACCCUGUCAUCUCUUUUCAAAAUGGGGAAGAAAGAAGGUUCAGCUCCUAGACGUUGAAGCUUCAUCGACAAGUACAGCAGGAAUGCUUCAAAAUGGGAAAAUAUCCUUGCUCGGUGUUGUAUAUUAACAGUCUUACCAUUCAUGCAUUAACUAGUAUUUACUCAGUCCCUCCAAAGAGAAUGAUGGCAUUCAAAUACGAUCUUUACCAAUCAGGUGUAUAGCCUAUCCCUCUUAAUGCAAACCUCCUAAUUCAAAUUAUCUGUUAACCAGAUAUUUUAAAAAAAAACUUUGUUUAAUUUUCUUAAUUUGAGCCACCAGAUGAUGUGAGCAAAGUGAUUUAGAAUUAACAGGAGUAUACUGUUUAAUGAAAGGAAUGUGUUAUUGCUUACACUAGUCCCAUAUUUAUUCCAACCAUUUUAGAAACUCGAUGCGAAGGUGCCACUGUUCUUAUAACUUUUUCCACUCUCCUUUUCUGUGGUCUUGGAGAUAAGGAAUUUAAUGUUUUACAACAAAGUUUAUUGCAUCCUAACACUUUUACUGUAAAUAUUGUGACAAAUGCUAAAGUUUUACUAAAUAUAUUAGCACUGUGCAAAAGUGAAAUCUUGUUGGACAGUUGCUGUACAACUCAAUAAAUCCCAUUUUGAACACAAGUGUUAUUGGUUACUUGUACCCAAAGAAACAGCUCAUCAGUAAUAAAGCUAUAGAUUCAUCCGCCACACACACACUCUGGUGCAGAUAAACAGCAUUAUGUGUUGUAAAGCUGUGAACACAAAAGCAAUUAUGCUAACAGGAUUUGUAUGAAAAUUUUACCAGUAAUCUCAAACUAACACAAACUAAUCAUCAGCACAAUUGACUGAUAACUAAAUUCCAUAGCAAUGGGCAAAGACCAUUGGUAUGCGAAGUGCUCUUUUGAAUUGCACUGUUCUUGUAACAAAUAAUAUUACCUUUACAUUUACCUUUGUGUUUUUUGUUAUCUUCCGAAAUGUAGUACAUUAAACUGCAACUUUACACACCGCU